GUCGCUCUGGCCAGCAAGACGCCCGUCUCGUUGGUCAGUGUCGGGCCGGGCAGUCAGCGGUCGGUCGCUCGGUGUUGUCCGUUGGCUUGUCGUCGGGUCACGCUGGCCGGCGGAUGGCGGAGGCCGGGGGGGUGUCGGCGGCAGAGCCGCUAGGAGAGACGGAAAGAGAGCCUGAGCUCCAGAGCCCCGGCUGGAGCCGAUCCCAGCUCCGCUCCUACCAGUUCCAGACCCGGGCGAUCCCACGGCUCCAUCACAGCGACCCGCGGGCCGAGGAGUACAUCGACAACGAGGUGACCGCACUGCCAUGUGUCCAGGACACCUGCUGCCGGCUCUGUCACCCCGGAGCCAGCUCGGCAUGGGCUGACCAGGACCUGCCGGGGUCACAGCGGGGCUCACCGAGGGGCACACAGCGAGGGUCACUCAGCGGGGCUGACGGAGGGUCACACAGCGAGGGGCACACAGUGGGACUGACGGAGGGUCACACAGCGGGGCUGACGGAGGGUCACACAGCGGGGCUGACGGAGGGUCACACAGCGGGGCUGAUUGGAGGGUCACACAGCGGGGCUGACGGAGGGGUCACACAGCCGAGGCACAGCGGGGCUGACGGAGGGUCACACAGCGGGGCUGACGGAGGGUCACCUGGCGAGGGGCACACAGCGGGGCUGACGGAGGGUCGAGGGUCACACAGCGGGGCUGGCGGAGGUCACACAGCGACGGAGGGUCACUCAGCGGGGCUGACGGAGGGUCACUCAGCGGGGCUGACGGAGGGUCACUCAGCGGGGCUGACGGAGGGUCACUCAGCGGGGCUGACGGAGGGUCACUCAGCGGGGCUGACGGAGGGUCACUCAGCGGGGCUGACGGAGGGUCACUCAGCGGGGCACACAGCGAGGGUCACUCAGCGGGGCUCACUGAGGGGCACCAAGAGAAUGGGGUCUGUCUGAAAAACAAAGGACGUGACUGGGAGUGGUUCUCGUAGGGCUUGGUCCCCUAUCUAUUUACCUACCUCAGGGUUAUUUACUGAAGCGAGAAUUUAAAGUGAAUUUCAAAUUUAAACCAAAACUUAAAAUGGACAAAGUGGAAGUAAUAGCUCAGAUAUAGAGAAUAUUUCCAGUGUGGCUGUUUUUACCCUGAAUUUACCUCUAGACCUCAGACAGGGUCCUCAUCAACCUAUCGUCCCUGUAAAAUUUUGUAAUCAACUAAAUUUUAUUGUUACAUUUUUACCCUUUUAUUUUCAGCUGCGGAAUAAGUUGACGCUCUAUAAAUACCAACAAUAAUGAAAGUUUGAAAUUAGCUUAAAAUUUUCACUUUAGUGAGUAACCCUGUAUGUGUCAGAGAGUGCUGCCUAGAUAGAUUUAUAUAUAGUAUGCAGAUGCUUGUGUUUUCACGUAGGGUUUGCUUGUGUUCUUUUUCAUUUUGUGUGUCGGAGACGAGCUUUCUGUAAUUUAUUCUUGUAUCAAAUUGGCGAAACACCGUUGUGCUAGUCAACUGUGGUCUAAUGGCAGUUGGGGGUCAGCUGCUUAUUAUCAUGGGGAAAUAAUGCUUGGGGGUCAGCAUUCUAUCUAGUCACUUAUGUCAAGUAGCACUUUGGGGUCAAUUUUCUGUGAUCCAGUGGUGCUUGGGGUCAGUUGCUCGUAUAGUCACCCAUGUGUAAUACCUCCCAAGUGUCCUUAUGUAAAAGGGAUAGUCCCUAUUUUGGGCUUAAAUCCAUCUUUCCCCCUUUUCUAUCCUUUCUAGGAGCAUCAUAUUGUUGGUGCGUCGGAGCGUAUAACUUAACUCCAUAGUAACAGCAAUACAAUAAUGUGUCUUUAAACUACAAUAUAUGUUUUAGACAUUGGUUGUGGUAACCCUUUUAAAGUUCAAGUUAAGCUCAAGGUCUAAAGCACAACUUGUAAGAAAAACUGAAAAGUAAAGCUAACCAACAGAUCUGGCAGGCUUUGUUGAUAUAUAAUUCAUGCACAGCUGACUGAUCUAAGCCAGUCAGAGGCACACCUAUCCUCUGCACUCCAGGCUUCAGUUUUGAAGAUUUUCAGUAAGCAGAUGUUGGAGGGGACAGAGUUAAACCGUCCCGGAGACUAGACUUUGGGGUUAAACUGUUCAUGAAGGGUUUAACCCUGAAAGAUCAGACCGUGUCAUGGACCAUGACAACUUCAUUUUGAUUAAGUUAUGGUGCUUGGAGUGGCCCUUUAACACAGAGGGAUUCUCUCAGCUGAUUUCUAAAGAGGGAUUUCCCCUGUUUAGACCAUACAGAGACAAUACAGUGUGUGAUCAGUGUGUGUUAAAGUCCUGAUCUGAAUGAUGGCAUGGAAAAAUCAUGUGGUCCCUAAGGGGUUACAAACAUGAUUGAAACCAUUUGGCAAAUCAAGAAGUGCAUCUAUCAACUUUGAAUAGUAUCAUUUCAUUUAUUUUUUAGUUUGAAAGUCCCUGCACAGCCUAUAGAAAGCAUAGAGUGUGUGGAGUGAUCCUAACACAUCUAAAAGCAAACCAGUAUUUUUUUUUUAUCUAAAUUUUUUUCAAAUUUACCAUGGCAUGUUAAUAUUUUCUCAAUGAGCUUUGCCAAUUUCUCUUGUAUAUGCUUUAUUUUAAAAUAAGCAGUGUGCACCUAUAUGCAUUUUCCAGAUCAUUUCUGGCAUGUAAAUACACAAUCACUUCCAAGAAUUCCUUCUCUGCUCUAGGCUGAAAUAUGCUCAUCCAGUUCACCAUAAUGCCUAACCCAGUCUCUAGUCGUAAAUCUGUAUAUAAACAGUAGAAAGAAUGUUUAGUUAUGGGUAUUUAUUACCUUAUUGUAUGUAAGGCUGUAGUAUGUGGAAUUUGAACACUGAUAAAGAUACAAUACAGAUUUCACUUAAUUCUGAUUUCAAACACUCAUGUACAGUUCUUGUAGAUAAUAUGCACUGUCAGACAGUGUCUUUAAAGGAACACUAUUGAGUUAGGAAUCCAAAUGAGUAUUCCUAACGCUGUAGUAUCCUGGUCCUAGUGUCCUGUCCCUCCCCUCCUGGAACACUAAGAAGUCAUUCUAGUUUCUUUCCAUCCGACACCGCACUUUUCUCUCCACAGUCACCACGCCUCUCUAGCUAAGUUAAUUAAUCUGGAUGAUCUCAGCCAAUGCAAUGCUUUCCCUUAAAGGGACACUAUAGUCACCAGAACUACAGCUUAAUGUUGUUGUUCUAGGAAGUAUAAUAGCUCCCUUCAGGCAUUUACAUGUAAACACUGCCUUUUCUGAAAAAAGGCAGUGUUGACUUUGCCCCUAGGGACACCUCCAAGUGGCCACUCCUUAGAUGGCCAAUGGAGGGGCUUCCUGGCUCAGGGCUGCACAGUGAGCAGCCCUGCCGUUCAGCGUCACCACGUUCUGCAUGGAGACGCUGACUUUUCCUCAGAGAUGCAUUGAUUCAAUGCAUCUCUAUGAGGAGGUCCUGAUUGGCCAAGACGGCAUUUGGCCCUGCCCCGUGCCAGUUUUAGCCAAUGGUGGGUUAAACAAUAUAGGGUCAGGAAUACAUUUGUUUGUGUUCCUGACCCUAUAGUGAUCCUUUAAGAAAGCAUUGGGAUGAUAUUUUACAUAUGUAGCAAAACGCAAAGCUGCGCAGGUCUGAAUGAAACAGGCACAAAGCAUGCAGCUGCAGACUUGAUUACAAGUAAGAUUUCCUAUAUUUAUGGAGGCAAGAGGGGACCAGAGUGGCUAGAUGGUGGUUUUAACCCUACACGGUCAGGAAUUCAUGUUUCCUUUAAUGAAGUACUUUUGGUGUAUAGAUCAUGCACCUGCAGUACCACUGCUCAAAACUCCAUUUAGGAGUUAAAUCACUUUCUUUAUUCAGCCUACUGACACUUCCCUGCAUGUUACCUACACAGCCUUCCUAAACACUUCUGGUAAAGAGACAUCUAAUGUUUAAAGUUCCUGUGUAACAUAAUCUGUUUAAUUUAGAAUAUAUCUCUUGCUCUGUUAAUAGCCUUCUAGACCCUGCAGAGUCCUUGUGUGUGAUUUUAAAUUUCAAUUUUCAGCACAGGAGAUACAAACUUAUAAAUAAGGUAAAUAUGUGACUGAAAAUGAAUCCAUUUUUUCAUGCAGGCUGUGUGAGUUACAGCCAGGGAACGUAUGGCUAUGGCUGCAGAAACAAAAGUGAUUUAACUCCUAAACGGCAGACAAUUGUGUGCCGGUAGUGUUCCUUCAAUGGUAGCAUAUGCUCUCUUGAUACAGUUGUAAUUUAAAAUAAAUUAAAGCUGCGUUGCUGUAAUUAAGAUAAACAUUUUAAAAGAAUGUUUUGUUUUUCGGGCAAACCUAAUUGAUGUGAUAUAUUAUCACACUUUAAUAAUCUGCAUAAUCCAAGUGCUGGGAUGAUUAUGCUAACAUUUCUUCCAACAUUCUUUUAUUUUUAUUUGAUUUAGUUUGUUAAAUUUACUGCUCUCUAAAAGCUUCCUAAACAGACCGACCGCUUUAUAAACAGAUCUCUAAAGUCAGUUUUAAAAACCACCUGGCAGUGUGCUUUUGGCAAAAUACACGAUUGUGACAAACUAAAAGGACUUGCUGUAAUAAACAAGGCUGUGCCUUGCAGAUCAUAUUUACCUUGUUGAUGCCUUUUAAAUAAUGCAGAGUCAUUAUAUUUAUUGUUUUACGUUGCAUUUAGUAGCUAUUACCAAAAUAUUAUUUUAAGUAAUGUCUUUGCCUGACAUUAGUCAUUGGUUAUACCUUUGCAAGGUCUGCUUUGCAUGUAUUGCUUGACUCUGCAAAGGAAAUAGUGUGGUAGAAUUCUUUAUUGAAAUUAAUGUUGCUGUCUUAUUGAUAUAGCUAAGAGAAUUUGAAGAGUUUUUCGAAAGAUUCUAAAAAUGGUUUUAAACUAGACUAGAGGAGAACGCUGUUCUUCACUGUCCUAUAUUGUCAACACUAACUUUUUUAUAUUAUCUGCUACUUGAAGUAAUGUGCUUUAAUUUUGUUCAUGUCAUAGACAUUAUCUGCUUCUAGUAAACUGUAUUGAUAUUUGAGGCAUCCGGGGAACCUUAAGAAUUUCAGGAACACUUUGGCACCAUAACCACUUCAUUUCCAUGAAGUUAUUAUAUUGCUUACAUUCUGGGUGCUGUCUUACCUUAAGGGGUUAAAUCGUUUACUAACUGUUAAACCCCAAAGUGCUCCAGACAGCGCCCAUCUUCCUGUCCAUAUUGCCGCCUCCUCCUGGUCACUGCUUUCGUGCGGAAGCCUUUCACUAUGGCCAGUGAUAGGAUAAGUGUCAGUCGUAUUCUCAGCCUGUCACUGACCACCACUAGAAAAAAAAAUGCAUUAGAAACAUAUGUACAUAACCUUUUGAAAAUAAGAUGACACCCAUGACAUUCAGGCACAAUAACUAUUUUGUUAAGGCGAAGUAGUUAUGGUGCAAAGGCUGUUCCCUAAUCUAGUGAAAAUUCUGCGUUUAUGACCAUUUACUGUGUUCAGAUUAUUGCUGCUAGAUGUGGUUCCUCAAGGUUCUGAAGCCUGCUGGAAUUCAAAAUGUAUUAAAAUAUAUGUAACUCCAUUUUCAGUGCGGUCCAGUUGUUCUCCUCAGAACCUGUACUGUCUGACGGCCGUAAGUGCUGGUUUAUAUUUUUCUCCUCUAACUUUUUUAUGAUUAUGACAAAUAGUAUUAUUAAAGGACACUCAUGGCACCAUAACUUAAUUCCAGUAAAGUUGUAAUGUUGCCCACUGCGGUACUUUUAAAGUAUUUGAGCCAAGAGCAAAAGAUCAUGUUAAUUUAAAUCCUUGUCCUAUAUGAAAACAGACCUUGUUUAGUUGUAUAUUUAUUCAUAGAAGAAAUAUGUAGGGUUUUUGUCUAGACUUAUUAUGGUUCUGAAUCAAUAUGCGUAUUCUACAUGACACUUAUACUCUUCUUCUUUUUAAUCAGGAACCAGUGGUUCUGACCGAUACAAACCUGGUACAUCCUGCUUUGAAGUGGGAUUUGGACUAUCUAAAGGAUAACAUUGGAAAUGGGGACUUUUCUGUGUACAGUGCCAAUAACCAUAAGUUUCUGUAUUAUGACGAAAAGAAAAUGGUUAAUUUCAAGAAUUUCAAGCCCAAGUCGAGAAGAGAAGAGAUUAAGUUUUCAGAGUUUGUGGAGAAACUUCGAGACAUUGAGCAGAGAAGAGGAGAUGAAAGGUAAGAUGAGAGGUGGCCCAAGAUUCCCAAAGGCUUUUUAUAGUGCACCAUUGUGUAGAUCUAUGGGGAAAAAGAGGGAAUGUCAUUCAACAUUCUGUUAAAUGUUGAAAUCCUCAUGUUUAAUGGAAUUUUUCCUAAUUCUAUGUAGAAGUAUUUUGUGCUUUUAACAAAACACGAAUGAUACCGUUAAAAUUGUUAGGGUUAGUAUAGGAUUAUUUUGUAAAACUAAUCUUUAAUGUUUUAAAACAAAUGUGAAAAGUAAAAUAUUUAUCAUGUAGGUUCCAGCCUGUUGUAGUGGUUAUGGUGCCAGGGGAGCCCUGACGUCCUACCACAGUAAGUAGUCAAACUAUAGCUAAAAAUGUUUUGACAAAGUACCAGGGUCCAACAAGCUCUGCCUCCUCUACAGUUGAAACUCUGCCAUUGAAUUUAACAUGGAGGCUUGGCUUAUUGGCUGGAAGAGCUCAGCUGACGCCUGGCAGCGUUAGAUCAGUAGUGCUAGCAGGAGUUCCUUGCAGGAGUUUUUUAGCUUCUGGGGAGAUAUCCGCAAGCACAUGGCGGACACCUGGUAUGUUGUAAAAAGGUGAUUAAAAGGUUUGACAACUUACUCUGAGAGGGAGUCAGGGUCUAUGGUAGUGGUGAUUUGAGUUUCUCUUUUGAUGCUUUUAUGAUUGUGGAUCAUUAAAUGUAGUAAUUAUGAAAAGCCAUACAUUUAUGCUCCUGUAAUAAAUUACCCUCUAAAUUUGUUAUUCUGACAUUCUAAAAGAGUGAAUGGAAUGUUUCUCUUUACCCUUAAAAAUUAAAUUUUUGUUUUUCUAGAUUAUACCUGCAACAGACUCUAAAUGACACUGUGGGCCGGAAAAUUGUAGUAGAUUUCUUGGGCUUUAAUUGGAAUUGGAUUAACAAGCAACAAUCAAAGCAUGGCUGGGGGCAGCUUACAUCUAACUUACUACUCAUUGGAAUGGAAGGUAAUGGAGAAGAUGCAUUGGAAUGGCAGCACAAAUAUAAUAAAUCAAAUGCAGUUUAACUCCUUAAGGACACAGCUUCAGAAGCUUGUCUUACGCUUAAUAACACAAGCAAUUUUUGCAUUUUCUUGCUGUAUGCGUUCAACUGCAAUUUGCAUCUCUCUCGUUUAUUGCACCGACACAUAUUAUAUACUGUUUUUUUAAAGGACAGAAAGGGCUUUAAUUUGAUGUAACACAUUAUUUAUAUAUAUAUAUAUAUAUAUAUAUAUAUAUAUAUAUAUAUAUAUUAUUAUUAUUAUUAUUAUUAUUAUUAUUAUUAAAAAAAAAUACAGAAGAAUGCAAAAAAGAGAGAUGUUGUGCUUUUUGUACAGUUUUUGCAAUAAUAAAAGUAAUUAAAAAUAAAUAAAUUUAGUUCUGAUUUACAGAAUAUAUAAUGUCUGGGAUUUUAAGUUAUUUUUUUAAUUUUUUUUUUGGUAGUUACAGGUCACAAAGCACAAGGAGUAAAAUAAAUUUUUAAUGUGGAGCGAUUUUAGAAUUUGGUAUGUUUGUCUUGUAAGCUUAAUAGCCAUAAAAGAAAACAAAAUUGCCACACAAAAGUAUAUAUUUACAUAAAGUAGAUAUCACAGGCUAUUGUCCUAAGGUUGUUUUGACACUUUCUACGUAGCCAUUUCACUGCCAAUCUCUGCUAAAUAUUGGAGUAAAAUUAAUUUUUUGGGGAUUUUUGGCACAUAAACUUAAAACAAAGAAACUCUCAUGUGUAUUUUGUAAAGUUGGUGUGUGCUAUUCCUGUACAAAGUUUUUUUUAUUUUGUGUUCAGUUACUUCUGCUGAGUACAACAAUACCCCCAUUGUAUGUCUUUGGCACUAUUUCGUGAAGCUACAGUGCCAUAUAGGAGACCUGUCUGUUUCAACAUUUUCAGUAGAAUUUUGAGAGGCGGAUUUAAUGGGCCUAUGCUUCAAUUUGGGAUAUUAUAGCAGUUUGACUGUUCAAAAAAAUCCCACAAAGGCCUACCAUUUGUAAAAGUAGACACACUAGGGUAUCUCAUAUGGUGCAUAUUGUGCCUUAACAUGCCCCCAUUUUUUCACCAAUAUAUGCCAUAGUAUGUGGUAAAUAAUUUUGGGCAUUUUUUUUACAUAUGGAUUAUAUUUUUGCUGGGCAUUUUGUACAUUUCAUAUGUGCCACUAAAUUUAAACCCCCCAAAUUAUGCUCAGCUAAGUCUUCUGAGUAAAACAAUAUGCCCAAUGUAUGACCUAGACACUAUUUUGUGAAGUUACACUUCUGUAAAAGAGACGUGACAAGUUAAAGGACCACUCUAGGCACCCAGACCACUUCAGCUUAAUGAAGUGGUCUGGGUGCCUGGUCCAGCUAGGGUUAACCCAUUUUUUUUUUAUAAACAUAGCAGUUUCAGAGAAACUAUGUUUAUAAAUGGGUUAAGCCUUCCCCCAAAGCCUCAAGUGGCUGUCUCAUUGACAGCCGCUAGAUGCGCUUGCGUGCUUCUCACUGUGAUUUUCACAGUGAGAGCACGCAAGCGUCCAUAGGAAAGGAUUGAUAAUGCUUUCCUAUGCGACCGGCUGAAUGCGCGCGCAUUCAGCCGACAGGGAGGAUCGGAGGAGGAGAGCUCCCCGCCCAGCGCUGGAAAAAGGUAAGUUUUACCCAUUUUCCCCUUUCCAGAGCCGAGCAGGAGGGGGACCCUGAGGGUGGGGGCACCCUCAGGGCACUAUAGUGCCAGAAAAGAGUGUUUUCCUGGCACUAUAGUGGUCCUUUAAGGUUUUUAAGUGUGAAUUUUCAUGGAGGGUUUUGAUGCAUCCGUGUCCCACUUUGGAGCACUUGAGCAGGCUACAUAUUACAACUACACCAUAAAGGCAUACCAUUUCUUAAAGAACACAUCCCAGGGUAUUUCAAAAGGCAUAUUUUGAACGUUAGCGUGGGAUAAUUUUUCCGCUAGCUUGUACCAAGUGUAGUGAUAAUAAGCGUUUUUUUGCCUUUUUGACACACAAAGUGAGUUUGCACAGUAUAGUUUGCAAAUCGUAUGUGUGCUCCUACUGUAUAAUACUUCAUAUGUUGCCCAGUUAUGUUGGCUGAGUACAGCAAUACCCCUGUAUGUACCUUUGCCUGGUAUAUGUGGACAUCGGAGGGGCACAUUUGGGACACAGCCAUUCCAGUUUUUCUCAAAUUUUGAAUUUUUACGCUGUGUCCAUGUCCCAUUUUAGAGUAUUUUACAAGGCUAUAUAAUCCAAUUACACCAUAAAGGCACACCAUUUCUUAAAGAAGACAUCCCAGGGUAAUUCAAAAGGCAUAUUUUGAACCUUAACGUGGGAUAAUUUUUCUGCUAGCUUGUACCAAGUGUAGUGGUAAUGAGCAUUUUUUUAAUGUGUUUUUUUUACUUUGUAAAACCCAUUUUUAAACGUAUUUUUACUUAUUAAAUGUUUUACACUUAACUUUUUUACACUUUUAAAUUUUUUUCUAAACUUUUCUUUUACCGUUAACCCCUAACUAGCAGUAAGCCGCACUAACAGUAAAUUCCCCCCUCUCCCAUAACUCCCACCCACUCCAGCUAGCAAAAUAUAUAUAAUUAUAAAAUAUUUAAAUUAAUUAAAUUGAACCCCUGAGGGUUAAAAAAUAAAUAAAGGUUAAUCCUCAGGGGUUAAAAGAAAUUAGAUUACAGUAUAAUACUGUGAUCUGUAUUUGGAUCACUGUAGGCAGUGAUCAACUGGCAGGGAAGGGGUUAAUUUUUAUUUAGACUGGGUAAAGGGGGGUGGUAUAUAUAUUUUAUUUAUUUAAACGUUGUUAAAACAUUUUUUAAAAACUUUUUUUUUACCUUUUUAAAGCUUAUUUUAAAACUUUUUUAACGUUAACCCCUAGUUAGCCUAACACCAAAUUCCCCAGUUCCCCACUAACUUCCACCCAUCCCAGCUAGUUAAAUAUAUAAUUUUUAUAUAUUUUAAUUAAUUAAAAUAAAUUUAACCACUGAGGGUUAAAAAAAAUAAUAAAAAUGUAACCCUCAGGGGUUAAAAAAAUUCAGAUGACAUUAAAAUGUAUACCCUGCCAAUUGAUCACUAUAGUCAGUGAUCAAUUGGCAGGGAAGGGGUUCAUUUUAUUAAAGAUGGGGAAAGGGGGGGGUGGGAUUUAACUUUUUAAAUUUUUUUACACAGGGAGAAGAUCAGCAGCACUGAUCCGUCUCUCUGCACUUCACACAGAACCCGGAAGUGCAGGGAGGCGGAAGGUGAGUAUACUGAGCACAUGUGCUCGCUCUGACAGCCUGUCAGAGCGAGCACCGGUGCUGGGGCAGCGCGAUCCGGUGCUCCCGGUCUGCCUCGAAUACAGAGGCAGACCUGAGCAACGUUAACCCCGCGAUCGCCGCGAUAGUGCGAUCUGGGGUUAACUUUAGUAAAUAACGAAAAUCUUCUGUCAAGGGUCCUUAACUGAAGGACAAGGUUGACGGAAAAUUUCCGUCUGCGGUCGGGAAGGGGUUAAAGGAACACUUCAGUGACCAUUACUUAAUCUGAAUGAAGUUAUGGUACCAUGAAACCUCCUGGGCUCUGUAACCUUAAGGGGUUAAACUGUUCUAGAAUGAAAGGUUUCCAUGGAUCUGCAGUUCCACCAGUUGCAUCCGGCUUCUGAAAUUAAAUUUUCAGGAAGCGUGGAGUGCUGUCACACAGAGUGGAACUGCAUAUCCAUUGCUGGAGGCAACCUUUGGGGUUAAACUGUUUUGACAAUGGUUUAACCCCGCAAGGUAACAAAGUGCCCUGGGGCCUCCUGGUACCAUAACGUCAUAUAGGUUAAGUUGUUAUGGUGACCGGAUUGUCACCAUAUUGUCACAUUUGAAUCAUAAUCUUGUCCUGAAAGACCUUAAGUUAGCAUAGUAUCCUGCUAAUUUAGCUUUUGCAGAACCAUACCUUUGUUAAUUAAAUGGGUCAUUGUAUUUUAGAAUAGAAUCCUCCUACCCAAAAUCAUUCUGAAAUACUCAGUGACAAAUUCCAAUGCAGUCAAAAGAUAUUAAACAUAAAGUAGGGACAACUUUGUCUUAUGUGUUUUUUGCCUUUGUUGACAAAAGGCGGAACUGCUUCAGUUAUGUUUUGUUAUUUCCCCCAGCCGUCUCUAGUCAUGGCUUUCAGGGAAAAGGUAUUGUCUAUGGCAGGCUUCCCCAAACUCUGGCCCUCCAGUUGUUGCUGAACUACAACUCUAUGAAUGAAAUAGGCUGAGAAUCAUUGGAGUUGUAGUUCAGCAACAUCUGAGGGCCAGAGUUUGGGGAAGCCUGUUCUAUGGAAUCAAGUGGUGCCGAUGUUGUCUACCACUGUAAAUACUCAAUGGGGGCUAUGAUUCAUUACCCUAUAAGGGGUUUUAGCCCUAGACAAUACUAAUGAGAAACAAAGAAUGUGGUGAACCACCAAAAAUAGGUCAAAUAUAACCUUUAAUGAAUAAUGAUAAAACACUAUCCAACAAGUGGAUGUAUAAUAUAACAAUUAAGUACUCUGUAGUAAAGGGAAUGUAAAUACGAAAGAAAAAGUGAUCAAAUAAAGCAAGUGCAAAAAACUAGAGUACAGCGAAGCAAAAAUAAUAAUAAUAAUAAUAAUAAAAAAUAUAUAUAUAUAACUUGUCCUGUUAUAAGAAGAAAACACACACAAACCUGGCACUCAGAGUAAAUAUUCUUUGGGAAACCUGAGUGGUAACAUCCUAAGGACUGAGUGCCAGCAUAUUCCUCCCGAUUGGUCUCUAAAAUAGUAUAAAGUUAAGAAAUAAGUUCCUAGUGCCUACAUAUUUGCCAGCCGACACACGCUCCCCCACUUGAAGGUGUCCAUAGGGGCAAUGUAAACACUGCCUUUUCUCUGAAAAAGCAGUGUUUGCAUGAAAAUGCCUGCAUAUAAUGAUUAUACUCACCAGAACAACUACAUUAAGCUGUAAUUGUUCUGGUGACUAUAGUGUCCCUUUAAAGAACAGAUUUUGACGACCUUGAACGUCAUUGGGCUGUUUGUGUAGUUUUUUUUUUUGUGUUUAGUCACUUAGACUUGAUCUUUGCUUGCUCCUAUUCCGCAUAAACACAAGUGUUAAAAUGAAGGUGCCAAAUGUGUUUUGUGUUAACUUGUGCGUCAAAGUUCACAUUUUAGUAUCUGUACACAAAGUGUAAUAUGGAUUGUGUUCUUUUAUCACUCACUGUUACAUUUUGAUUGGUUGUAGGAUUUCUACUCUGGUGUCUUAACUAUCAAAUGUGGCACUUGAAGCUGUAAGAGGGAUACAUUCUAACUGUUAAUGUUUUACAUAGAGAUCUAAAUUGUGUCUUUAUAUUUGUUUUUACAACCCUAAGCACACAUUCUCUUGUUGUGACUCUCACAGCCUCCAUAAAAAAAAACAUUUUUCAAUCACAUGUUAGUCAGCACAGUGUGUUUACUUUAGCAGUCCCCAUCUCCUGCUAUUCUAUUUGAACUUUACACACAAGAGGCUGUUGCAGGCUACUAAGAGCAGAAACUAAGGAAAUCUCAAUUAAAAGACCUACCUCCUCCCCCCCAAUCAAGUUCUCCCUCAGCCUGAUCCUCCACAUCCCCUUGAUUUAAGAAAAGGGAUGUCAGGGAAGGGGUGUGUGCUUAGGGGAGAACAUGGGUAGCCUAGAGUCAGCGGCAGUCUAAUGCUGCUGCUGUAGUAGGAGUUACACAUCUGGCUGCAGAGUGUGUGAGUCGAAGUCAGUGGAGGUGUGGUUUUAAUACAUACAUAAAGUGAUUAAAGGGACCUUGUAGCUACUAGAGGUGCUUCCUGAGACAGUGUUUCACUGCCAUUCAGUGUCUCCACCUCUGCAUGAAGACAUUGAACUUUCCUCAUAGAGAUGCAUUGAUUCAAUGCAUCUCUUUGAGGAGAUGCUGAUUGGACAGGGCUGUGUUUAACUUGCACUGGCUCUGCCUCUGAUCUGCCUCCUUGACAGUCUCAGACAAUCUAAUGCUUUCCUAUGUGAAAGCAUUGUGAUUAGCUCAGCCUCCAAGCUGACAAUGAGGGGCAGAGCCAACAGCAGCAGACUGGAGUAAAGGGGGAAAAAAGCCAGCUCCAUUUAAAAUGAUGGUUUGUUCUCCCAGUUAUUUUAAUGUGAUAUCUUGUACUGAACAUUUGCAAGUUGUUGCCCGUUAACCUGCUGUUAUGAUAUACACAACUUUGUGUAAAGAAAAUACAUAAAAUUCAUCUACACAUUGUGGUCCCAAAAUUACAAAAUAUACAGAUAUUUUUUUUGAUAAAGCUAUCAAAUAAUGUUAUCCCUCUUCAACAUGCCAGUCCUUUCUCAGAAAAGCAGGGCUAUUUCAACAUGAUUUGUGGGUGACACAGUGGCACUUAUGACAUUGCUGGAGAGUAGAUGAGGGAUAAUUUAGAUCUUUUUGGUUAUGAAAUAAAUAUCACUUUUAAAUUAUGCAAUACAUAGUGUUCUGUUCAUAGAGAAAUUGUUUUUAAUAUAUAUCUGAUGAAACUGUUUAGUGAUUCUGAAUCAUUGGUAAAGGAUGUAUGGAGCAUGGCAUCUCAGGAAGAAAGCAAUUGUUCAAAGUGAUUUGUUUUAUGUUUGUGUGUGUUUUUGUUUGCUGCUAACAAUUCUGUAUAACCUCUCUUCACUAGACUAGACACUUAUCCAACUGGAUUUAAGGUUGAUUGGUGCACAUUUCAAGAUUUAUUAUAUUCACAUGCUUUGCCUGAUGCUAUAUGGAUUCACACAGUAAAAUCAUGGGACAUGAUUUUUUUUGCAUUGAAUCCAGGGCCUGAGGGUUUUUUUUGGGGGGGUGGGGUGAAGCAACUAAUGACUAACUUUUUAAACUAGUUUUUUUGAAUGUGGAUUUACCUUCUGAGUGUCACUUCCCCCACAAAGAAUGUAAUUUUUAAAGUUUAGUGACACUUUAACUUUUGUCUCACCUAGUCACCUGAUAAUUCAGCAUUGUAUGGUCAUUUUGAAGAUAACACUUGUACUGGUCACUCAUACACAAUGUUUUCAUGAUUGAUUGCUUACUUUACUGCGUAACAAACCUACAAUUCCCAGUGGAUUACAGCCCUCAAGCACCAGGUUUAAGGCAUCCGUUCAAAACACCCAUACCGAACACUUAGUAGGUGAUAGCUUCUAAUUAAUUCAAUUGUAAUCCUAAUUUGAUCAGAGAUCAGUCUGUUAAACUAGCUAAAUAUAGGAAAGGCAUUGGAGGUAUACGUUCAUUAGUUUUCUGGCCUACGUGUCCAGUCUCAUGUGUCUAUGUACUCUACAGGGAAUGUUACUCCUGCACACUAUGACGAGCAGCAGAACUUCUUUGCGCAGAUUAAGGGAUACAAACGAUGUAUCCUUUUUCCACCAGAACAGUUUGAAUGCCUCUAUCCUUAUCCUGUUCAUCAUCCUUGUGACAGACAGAGCCAGGUGAGAAAAUUCUGGGAAAGCCCUUUGCUAAAAUGUCACCACAGCCUAUGACUUGUAGAUUGCUACAAUUACCGUACGUAUGUGUCUGUAAUCAGAGCCUGGUGAAUUGCAAUAUCAAUUCGUACAAAACUUAACCUGGGGUUGAACUGGUCUGUUUGUUCAUUUUUCAUUUUGAAUUUUUAGCUGUUGAUAUAAUUUACCUAUAGGAGUGCCUAAGUUAUUUAUUUAUUUAUUUAUUUUUAUAUAUAUAUAUAUAUAUAUAUAUAUAUAUAUAUAUAUUAUAAUUUUUAUUUUUUUUUCCCAUCUUCUCUGCACUGCAUUAUGUUUAUUUCAAUUAGAGCAGGUAACGUUUAAAACAUUGUGACCUAAGGGGACACUAUAGUCACCAAAACAAUUUAAGCUUAAUGAUGCGGUUUAUGUGUAUAGAUCAUGCCUCUGAAGUCUUGCUGCUCAGUUUUCUGGCAUUUAGGAGUUAAAGCGGCACUGUCAUGGCCAAAUCCAUUUUAAAAAAAAUUUAUUUAUUUUUUUAAAACCCCCUCCCCUCCUGACUCCACUACAUCUAACUGUCCCCCUAGUCACCACCAAAUGCCCCUAAGCCUCUUUUUAAAUCUUUAUUUCGUGCCCGGACCUAGGUCAUCUGCCCACACUAGAUAGCGCUGUGAAAUUCCCAUGCAUGCCCAGUUAAACACUUGAGCAUAGCAUGUGAAUGGAAAUUUCAUCCAUUCAUUCAUCAUUAAGUUGAAUACAAAUUUCAAACGAACGAAGAGCUCUUCGUUCAUUCCUUUGAUCUAUUACAAGGAGGGAGCUACCGGCACGCAGCUCUCUAUUUGUAAUAUGUAAAAACAGAAGUGGCAGGGAGCAGAGCUCCCGCCACUUCCUAAGCCCUCCAUGUCCUCCCUCACUCUAAGGGGUCAAUAUGGCCCCCAGAAUAGCAUAAGGGAAAUUGUCUAGCCGUCGGGGUUAUAAAACCUUCUUCUUUUUUCAGGCCCAAAAAAGGCCAAAUAAAAAUCCAUAAUACCCGUCGAACUUUGAAAAAAAAAAAAAAAAAAAGUAAUCCAUCUUCACCCAUAGAGGGCAUGGCGCAGACUGAGCUCCACAGGGCGGGGAAAGGCUUAUAAAGCCUUCCCAUGCCCUGCAAUUUGGCUUGCAGCACUCUGAUUGGUUGGCUUGGAAUCAACCAAUCAGAGGGCUCUGACAGGUAAAUGAAAACUGACAGCUAGGUCUCUACAUUUACCUGUCACAGCACUCUGGUUGGCUUGGAAUCCAAACAAUCAGAGUGCUCUGUGUCAUUUUACACAGUGUGGGAAAGUUCUUUGGAACUCUGCAUUAUAUGCAAACACGCACACACGCUCGAACAAACACGCGCUCGCGCAAGCACGCGCACGCAUACACACUCUAACACUCUCUCACACACUCUGUGUGUGUGAGAGAGAGAACUGGGUGGGGGGAGGGCAUUUUUUUUAAAUUUUAAUAUUUUUAUUUAUUUUUUGUCCCCCCUCCCUGCUUGUUACCUGGCCAGGGAGGGGGGCUAUCUUAAUCCCUGGUGGUCCAGUGGAUGGGCUGUGCAGUGGGUGGGCCAGCAGGAAGCAUUUACUUACCUUUCCUGCAACUCCUGACAGCUCCCUUCUCCUCCGUUCCGGUCAGCUCCACUGUAAAUCUCGCGGUCUGUUACCAUGGUAACCCGUGGCAACGCUCAGACGCCGCAGCUCUUGCGAGACUUACAGUGGAGCUGAACGGAACGGAGGAGAAGGGAGCUGACAAGAGCUGCAGGAAAGGUAAGUAAACUCUUCCUGCCGGCCCCCAACAGGACCGCCGGGCUUAUGAGCCCAGCGGUCCUGGUCUGUAUUAUGGCAAUGUAAGUUGCCAUAAUACAGACCUUGACUCGAGUAUAAGUCGAGUGGGGGGUUUUCAGCACAAAAAAUGUGCUGAAAAACUCACCUUAUACUCGAGUAUAUACGGUUGUUGCUUUUCAGCAACAAUAAAGAGACACAGUUGUACAGCAAAACAUAAGUACAUGGAGGGCACUGUUGGCGUACAUUCUUUUGCUAGAGUUUCUGAAUUUCUCUUAUAUUUUAUAAUGCACUUCCUCUAAAAUACGUUAAAAUUAAAAAAAUCCACCCCUUUUACCCUGAUCUCUGAGACAUUACGGUGACACAUUAUUUGACCUCAAGACAAAAUGGUUCCAUUUAUUACCUUUUGGUUCUACUGGGCAGAGUUCUUGCCUAAAUAUGGGGUGCAGCCUAAAUCCAACUUACAAUCUGCCAUGAUGUGAGCUCUGUGGUAUAGAUAUACAAAAUCUCCUUUAGAGACACCAAGUCCGCACAGAAAAACCUGUGUCCAUUUGUAUACCAUAAGCUUUAGUGGUUAUUGUACUUGGAAGAUAUUUUAAAACUGUUUUUGCGCUAAGUAAUUGUUAAGAAAAGUGUGUCAAUAUUCAAUCCCCACCUUGCAUAUCAACUUUAAAUUCUGAAGAAAGAUAUUUAGAUCACACAAAUUAAUCACCAGUGCUGACAAAGCCUGCUGUACGUGUCAAGUCAUGAAAGCCCUGGCAAACAUCUAUCAGAUAACACAGGACUAGUGGGAAGUAAAUAAAGACUGAUAAUAGCAAUAAAGAUUUAGGAAAUUGUGGUCACACAAAGUGGACAUUGCAGUCUUCUCUUCUGACUUUUGCAUGAUGGUUCUUGGAUGAAAAAUACUGUUUAAAGUUUAAAAUUCUAAACAUGAGAGAGAGAUGCUAAUGCUUGAUGAUUUCUGGUCCAUUCAGAGGCUUCUCAGAGAACAUAGGUCUGUGGCGCAUGUAUGUCAAAUGCUGUGCUCCACCUGUAAUUUAGCUUUUGUUGAUGAGACCGAAAAUAGGUCUUAAAGUGUUACUCCAAACACCAGGACCACUUAAGUGAUUUACAAGGGUGAUAGGAGUCUGUAUGUGCAGCAUUUCAUAGUGAAAGCUGCAGAGUUUAUCCUAUCUGCUGCUAAAGGUAUAAUUCCACCUCUAGUAGUGUCAUGGGUCAUCAUUAGCCAUCCCGGGACUAAAGUUCAUAUUCCUGUGUACAGAGUUGCAUUCCUUGGCUGAGAAUGGUUUCAACCCAUGAAUGGCCAAUUGGAUUGAACUUCUGCAUCUAGGGGUCCUCUGAGCUGUACUGCCGGUUUAAUUUUCCGCUACAUCCUACUCUUAAUGGCGCUGCCGAGACUUCUGUUAGUUCAACCACUCAAGUGUUGGGAUUGUCCACGUGAGGGUAUUUUGAAUCUUAUGUUCCAUUUUCUUCCACCACAACAAUCUUGGGCUCAGCUUUAAAGGAAAAACUAUUUGUACACAUAUUUAAUAAAUUGUAAUGUCUUUUUAUUUUUUAAAUUUAUUUAUUUUCUUCGUUUGAAUCUUUUGUGUAUCAUGUUAAUCUGUUAAUUUUAUUAAUACUAGGUGGACUUUGAAAAUCCAGAUUUUGAGAGGUUUCCAAACUUCAGGAAUGUUGUUGGCUACGAAACAGUGGUUGGACCUGGAGAUGUUCUUUAUAUACCUAUGUAUUGGUGAGGAAAAUGGCAAAAUGUAUCAAAUGUAUUUCUGUUUAUCAGCGGUGUGGAAAUAAAAAAAAAAAUUACAAAAACGCUUGUACAAGGGACUAAAGUGGUAGUCCAAUCUUCUUACUGAAAACAAAAUAAUUUCAAAUUACAUGCCUAGACCAGGGCAUUGACAGUGCUAUCCACUAAACUCUGAAUUUACAUCCGUUAAAUGCAAAAAUAACUGGAAAAAUGAUCUGUUAUAGGCCCAACUGGUUAUUUUUUUCCUGUGUUCCACUAUUCAGAUUUAAUUUGUGCAAAGUUGUCCUGUGCUAUUUUUGUGUGUGUGUGUAUUAGUUAUGUUGUAUGUAAUGCAUUGUCCCAUACCAGCCUCUGCUCUCAAGGUCGUGUCCAAUUACAAUCUCUGCCCUGUAUUUUUUUCAGCCUAGUUCCACCCAUGUCUCAUGCAACCUCGGUCUUCCCUGCCAAGUCUAAAAUAUAUUUUUAGUCUCCCACUAACUAAGCCCAGUCUCCUACUCAUACUCUCCAGUUAUGUUGCAGAUCACCUCCAUCCUUGUACACAGCCAUGUACACAUUCAUCUAUUGCCUACUUUACUCUUUCCCCUCAAACCACACACAUAUUUCAUAUAUUUUCUACCGCAUACAAAACUAGAUAACAGGCAUGAGAAGAUGACUGUUCCCUAAAGGCAUUUCCAGUGUCAAACUGGUACUCUCUUGGUAUCUGAAUCUCAGCCCCUGUGACACUCAGGCUGAAAGUGCUGAAGAUGGACUUGCUGUUUGCGGUUUGCUGUUGCAUCCAAGGCUGAAUACUUUGUAUUGAUAAAGUAGAGUUUUUAGGCUAGGGUAUGGGAAAAAAAAGUUGCCUGUUUGAUGCACUCUUCAAACUCUAUUUUGCAGUGUUUUGUACGUAUGGCAUAGUUUGAAUUCUUUGGAGAGUAAUUUAUUUAAUUUUUUUUGCUAUUUUAGGUGGCACCAUAUUGAGUCGCUAAUGGAUGGGGGAACCACAAUUACUGUUAAUUUCUGGUACAAGGUAUGCAGUUUUUGUUUUUUUUCUUAUUAUAGCGAAUACCUAUCUCGCCCUCAUUACUCUGAAUUAAUUCUUCUAAUGCAUGGAACAUGGCAAUGACUUAUAAAGGGAAACUGCCACUAAAUUACAGUACAUGAAAUAGCAGUUUGUAUACACGUCACAUUCAGAUUUUUAUAACCAAGCAAAACUUAACAAUCUAAGCUCCAACACAACUUUAGCUUAAUGAAGCCAUUUUAGUGUAUAGUCUCACUGAGAAAUUCUGUAAUUUAGAAUUUAAAUCCCCUUGGCUUCAAUUUUUUGCAGCCCUAGUCAUACCUUUCCGUACUGUGAAUCACUUUUUCUCUAUGAAAAUAGAACGGUUUCAUUUUCAGCCAGAUCUAACAGCACAUGUUUACUUUAGAAGUUUUCAUUUUUAGUAUUGGCAGAUUAAAAAAAAAAAAAAAAGUCCUUCGUAGAGUCUUUUCUUUGUUAUUGAAACAAACCAUUGUAAAACAUUAAUGCAGUGUUGAAAGCAUUCUUGCAUAAGAAAAAUAUGGCAAACUGUUCUCGUUUCUGAGCAAUGACUGAGUGUUUAUACCAGAAGUAGGCAACCUUUGACUAGUUCUCCCAUUGUGCUCUUAUUGAUAACGCUGGCAAAGCAUCAGGGAAGAUGUAGUCCAUAACAUUUGGAGUGACGAAUGUUGCCUACCCCUGGUUUAUAGCAAAGUAAAAAAAAUAAGUUUUUCUUACUUGAAGUCAAAAGCCACAUCACCAGACACUUAUUGGACAGAUUGCUUUUUGGAGAAAAUUCUGAAAUUGCCAUGACUGUUAUUUUUUUGUGGUCACCGACCGCAAAUCGGGAUGGUUUUCACCCUCAACACCGGACAAGACUUUACUUCUUGUUUAACAUUCUUGUAAAGUGGAUGUGUGUUUUCAGAUAAUUCUUGGUUUGAGGUUCUAGUAACAUAACUCUUAAGUAAAUGGCUCCACUCACACAAAGGUCAUUAUUAACCUAUCUGACUUUUACUCCCACAUUACUCAUUUGUAGAAUAGCUGUUUGAAUAUAAUCACCCUCUGUAUAUAUUUUGCUUAAAAUGGAAAAGGAAGUAUGAUUUGUAAAAAGUACAUUUUUUUUUUUUCUCUAAAAUUUUUGGGUUUUCCCGUUGGCCUUUAUAGUUUCAGUGUAUCCCUUUAAAAUUAAUAAAGAUCCCACCCUGUUUUUGUUUUAAUAUAUUUUCUCUUUUCUUAAUUGACUUUUUAUUUAUUCUUUUUCUUGUAGGGUAAGGCUUAAAUAAUUAGUACCAAGUUUUAGUCUGGGAAUUGCACAUAACCAUCUGGUAAUAAAGUGGACACCUUUUUAAACUUUUUUUUUUUUUUGUUUUGUUCUCAUUUUCCCUUUUUAGAUUUGGUGUAGAUCCAAAAGGAUUAUUCGAUGCACUGGUCAAUAACUAAUGCGUAAAAAAAUAAAAAUAUUUACAAAGGCAGCUUUGAUAUCUAAAAAAGGAAUCCUUUCACUUUGUUUCCUCGUCCUUUUUUUUUUUUUUUUUUUUUCCUUCAUUUCCCGUUUCAAUGUAUGUCAAGGUCAGAUAGUUAUAUUAUCCAAAUAGUUGUUAUUCUUAUGAGUUAUAGAACUGUUUGGGCUUUGUAAACUGUGUUCGUUUAUUUUGUGUGUUUUUUAUUUUUUUAUUUUAAUUUAAUUUUUUUAACUAUACAUCUAUCCCUUUUCAGUUCUUUCUUCUCUCUUCCUUUUAUCUACCUUUUUCUACCUGCUUCUCACACCUCUUCACAAAAAAACCUGAGGAGUAUCCUGCCCAGUAGCAUAGGGUCUACAGAAAAAAAUAAAUCCAGGUCUCUUCCAAGUUGGGCCAAUCUGACAGGUCCAAACAAAGGAGUCCCCACCCAAUUGUGCAUUGGCAGCUGAAAGUUCUGUAUAAUCACAACCAAUUUAACAUUCAGUGUCUAUUGAGGUUGUUUGUUUUGUAUCUUUACUCCAUGCAUUAACUGUUUACACGGAUAGCCUCUUAGCCGCUAAAUAAAUAUAAUAAUUUUUAUUUUGCUACAUGUGACUACAUUUCUUAUGUGAGUUCUCAUGUAGGCUAUCAAUCCCACAAUGUGCCUCACACAUUUAUUGGUACUUAGAUUUCAAAACAUUUAGUGGUUUUAAUGAGAAUGAGACAAAACUAGUCCAGAACGUAUCUUAACUUUGUAAUGUUAUGGGCCUGGAUAUCUAUUUGUGCUCAGCUGCCAAACAAGACAUUGAAUACAAUGCAGUUAUGUCAUGAACCAAUGCAGACAAGUAAUGGUUUGUAACUAGAGGACUUUAAAACCAGCUUGGUUAUAAUUUUCUAUAUCAGUGCGAGCUGUGGUAAGAAGGUUUGCUGUGUCUGUCAGCGUAGUGUCCAGAGCAUGGAGGCGCUACCAGGAGACAGGCCAGUACAUCAGGAGACGUGGAGGAGGCUGUAGGAGGGCAACAACACAGCAGCAGGACCGCUACCUCAGCCUUUGUGCAAGGAGGAACAGGAGGAGCACUGUCAGAGCCCUGCAAAAUGACCUCCAGCAGGCCACAAAUGUGCAUGUGUCUGCUCAAACAGUCAGAAACAGACUCCAUGAGGGUGGUAUGAGGGCAAGAUGUCCACAGGUGGGGGUUGUGUUUACAGCCCAACACCGUGCAGGACGUUUGGCAUUUGCAAGAGAACACGAAGAUUGGCAAAUUCGCCACUGGCGCCCUGUGCUCUUCACAGAUGAAAGCAGGUUCACACUGAGCACAUGUGACAGACGUGACAGAGUCUGGAGACGCUGUGGAAAACGUUCUGCUGCCUGCAACAUCCUCUAGCAUAACCGGUUUGGCAGUGGGUCAGUAAUGGUGUAGGGUAGCAUUUCUUUGGGGGGCCGCACAGCCCUCCAUGUACUCGUCAGAGGUAGCCUGACUGCCAUUAGGUACCGAGAUGAGAUCCUCAGACCCCUUGUGAGACCAUAUGCUGGUGCGGUUGGCCCUGGGUUCCUCCUAAUGCAAAACAAUGCUAGACCUCAUGUGGCUGGCGUGUCAGCAGUUCCUGCAAGACGAAGGCAUUGAUGCUAUGAACUGGCCUGCCCGUUUCCCAGACCUGAAUCCAAUUGAGCACAUCUGGGACAUCAUGUCUCGCUCCAUCCACCAUCGUCCCAUUGCUCCACAGACUGUCCAGGAGUUGGCAGAUGCUUUAGUCCAGGUCUGGGAGGAGAUCCCUCAGGAGACCAUCCGCCACCUCAUCAGAAGCAUGCACAGGCAUUGUAAGGAGGUCAUACAGGCACGUGGAGGCCACACACACACUACUGAGCCUCAUUUUGACUUGUUUUAAGGACAUUACAUCAAAGUUGGAUCAGCCUGUAGUGUAUUUUUCCACUUUAAUUUUGAGUGUGACUCCAAAUCCAGACCUCCAUGGAUUGAAAAAUUUGGUUUCCAUUUUUUUUUAUUUUUUUGUGUGAUUUUGUUGUCAGCACAUUCAACUAUGUAACAAACAAAGUAUUUCAGAAGAAUAUUUAAUUCAUUCAGAUCCAGGAUGUUGUUUUUGUGUUCCCUUUAUUUUUUUGAGCAGUGUAUUAUCUCAAUAUAUUUAUUGGUGUAAAAAUAAUAAUAAUAUAUACUUAGAUCAUAUGUUGAUCUAAGUAUAUAUAUAUAUAUAUAUAUAUAUAUAUAUAUAUAUAUAUAUAUAUAUAUAUAUAUAUAUAUAUAUAUAUAUAUAUAUAUAUAUAUAUAUAUAUAUAUACAUACACACACGUACACCGUCUAGGUGUAUUUUACUAUUAAUAAAUAUAUAUAUAUAUAUAUAUAUAUAUAUAUAUAUAUUGUUAUAUAUAUUUAUAUAUAAUAUAAAAAUGUAAAUACGUUAAAAAAUAAAAUUAAAAAAAUAAUUAAAAAUAAAUAAUUAAAAAAUAUAUAGAUGUGUGUUAUUUCGUUCUAACUGUUAUAUAUAUCAAAAUACACGUAGAACGAAAUAAUAUAUAUAUUUAUAUACAUAAAUAUAUACGUAUAUAUCACUAUAUAUACACCUAUAUAUAAAUAAAAAUAUUAAAAAAAAAUUAUAUAGAUAUAUACAUAUAUACACAUACGUAUAUAUUAAUUCUACAUAUAUUUAUGUAAUAUUUUUACAUAAUUAGGUAUCUUAAUUAAUUACAAUUAGCAGGACCUGCCUGACAACCCAUGCCGAAAGUAAAGGGAAUUUAAUUUGCUAGCACUAUAUUUAACCCUAUAACUUUCCGAGACACCAUAAAACCUGUACAUGGGGGGUACUGUUCUACUCGGGAGACUUCGCUGAACACAAAUAUUAGUGUUUCAAAACAGUAAAAUGUAUUACAACGAUGAUAUCGCCAGUAAAAGUGAAGUUUUUUGCAUUUUUCACGCACAAACAGCAUUACACGGACAAUAUUAUUGCUGUGAUACUUUUUACUGUUUUGAAACACAAAUAUUUGUGUUCAGCGAAGUCUCCCGAGUACAACAGUACCCCUCAUGUACAGGUUUUAUGGUGUUUUCAAAAGUUACAGCGUCAAAUAUAAGGCUUGUGUUUCAUUUUUUUCACAUUAAAAUUCGCCAGAUUGGUUACGUUGCCUUUGAGACCCUAUGGUAGCCCAAGAAUAAAAAUUACCCCUAUGAUGGCAUACCAUUUGCAAUAGUAGACAACCCAAGGUAUUGCAAACAGGGUAUGUCCAGUCUUUUUUAGUAGCCACUUAGUCACAAACACUGGCCAAAAUUGGCGUUUUUUUGCAUUUUUCACACAAACAGAUACUAACGCUAACUUUGGCCAGUGUUUGUGACCAAAUGGCUACUAAAAAAGACUGGACAUACCCCAUUUGCAAUACCUUGGGUUGUCUACUAUUGCAAAUGGUAUGCCAUUAUGGGUGUAAAUUUCAUUCCCGGGCUACUAUACAGUCUCAAAGGCAACGUAACCAAUCUGGCAAAUUUCAAUUUCAAAUGUAACGUGCUAUAUUUGACCCUGUAACUUCCCAAAACGCCAUAAAACCUGUACAUAGGGGGUACUGUCUUACACGUGAGACUUUACUGAAUAUAAAUAUGUGUAUUUUAUUGCAGUAAAAGCAAACAGUAUUAUGACACUGACCGUUAAAAUGUCAUGUAGAACUAAAAAAAUCCCCAAAAAACGUAUUUUCUCCCAUUUUUUUCAUAUUAAAUUAUGUUUCAUAGCUAAAUAUUUGAUAUUAAAUGAAAGCCCUGUUUCCCCUGAAUAAAAUGAUAUAUAAUAAGGGUGGGUGCAUUUACUAUGAAAGAGGUGUAUUACGGUUGGACAGACAUGUAGCGCAAAUGCCAGGUUUUGUUUACAUUUUGUUUUGUUCACAAUGUGUACAUUUGGCUCCGUCCUUAAGGGGUUAAUAAUCUGGCAAUAUACAUUGUUGCUAGUUUCUUUUUGUUGUAUUGUUGGUAGCCGGUUCAUAUUGUUAGCACCUAUUAAAUAACCCAUUAAAAUAUCAGUGUGAUGUUUGGGUUUUGAUUAUGAUCUUGUUGUUUUUCAUUAUUAGGGUGCUCCUACUCCAAAAAGGAUAGAAUAUCCUCUAAAGGCACAUCAAAAGGUCGCCAUUAUGAGGAACAUAGAGAAGAUGCUUGGAGAGGCUCUUGGAAAUCCACAGGAGGUUUGUGACACUCUUUACUCAUUGCAUGCUCACAGGAUACAUGACGUCUGUUAAAUCUGUGUGUAGUUGACUUUUUGGAACGUACCUUUGCAUUUGGUACAUAAAUCUAUGGCAGUGGAUUGAAUGGUUGUAUCUAGACCAGCCUGCACUGAAUUAUAUGACAAUUCAUUUUGUGUGAGGUUAUUUUUAAUCCAGUGGUCCACACACCAUUUUUUAUCAGUCAUUUUUUUCUGAAUAUGGGAAGUUCCUGAAUCCUAACCCAUUGGUGGCCUUUGUACUGGUUUUCAAAACACUGAUUACAUUCACUUCUUUCAUAGAAAUUCAUUCUUAUAAGCUUUUUAUUGAAAGCCUUGUUUACGGUAUAGAAGCAUAAAGAAAACAAAAUUCUGUUCUUAAAAUAGCAUGUUUAUAAAUCAAGAUGGUGGAAGUUGCAGUACAAAAACUGCUGUCAGAAUGCCUUUUCUCCCUCAUGGUUCCUUAAAGAAAAAACCCCCAAAAAACAAAUCAUGCCAUUGAAUAUUUUUAUUUGAGAGGCUGUUAAACUCUGCUUACACCCUGUCCAUAACUUGUACAAUAUAUUUUCUUCUUGCCAGGUGGGUCCAUUGUUGAACAUGAUGGUUAAAGGUCGCUAUGAUGAAUACAACUGUAAUAAGCAGUGACAUUGUGUGUGAGACUCUGCUGCUGAGUUACUGCUGCUUUAGCGAUGUAUUUCAAGAACAGACAAGUGAUGAGUUCUACUGAGAAUGGGAGCACUUAUCAGGCUUAACUGGUUCUCGGUACAUACACCACUCAGUACUGUGUUUUACACUCCGGGCUGAAGAAGACUUAAAAAAAGUAAAAAUCUAUAUAUAUCCACAAGUAAAAAAAACUAAACAAACUUAAAACAAACAAAAUAUCAACAAAACAAUGCAACACAGCCACUCUCAGACAAUGGCAUUGAAGGCUUUUUUCCAACCUUGUGUCACUUUGUCUGCAUGCAGAUGUGUUUACUGCAUUUAUUCAUGCUUCAAGUGCAGUAUCCAAAGAGCUGGUAUGAUGAACACUUGUUUUAUUUUGUGCAAACAAAGACUUUUUUUCUGUUUGUUCAGUUUAUUUUUAUGCAGACCAACAUUUAUUUCUUUUUACAAUAAAACAUUGGCCAUACAGGCAUUAAAGCAUGCUAAUUAAUUGGAUUUACAAGUUCGUGAAAGAAUCGGUUCUGCAAAAAAAAAAAAGCUAAUCAACGUCUCAGGCAAAUAUAUUUCUGAAUGCUAUUUGGGCCACGAUGAUCGUUUUUUCAACCUGUUUUCAAGCGCAGAUGACUGUUCAGUGAUCAUGUAUACAUGUUGGGGCUUGGAGAACUUUGCAUAUCCCCAAAGAAAUCCCGUUUUCAGAAGGCAGACUUAAACUGUUAGACUAGUCAUUCUUUGCGUGCAAAAUUAUUGUACAAUUGGUUCAGCUGCAUAUAAUGUUGUUUUUUUUGUUCCAUUCUAUCAUAAUGCACAUAAAGAACUAACCGAAAUGGUGAACAUACCCAGUGCCUACUACAGCAGUUCUGUGUACAGAUUGAACAAAAAUAAUUAAAUCUGCUAAUCUAUUAUAAUAUUCAUAUUGAUAGUUGGCUUACUCAGGCAAAUACUGGAAUACCCAAGGUAAGUAAUGUGAAAACGUCAUUAUUAGGUUGUGUUUUUGAUGGGGACAUAAAAUGAGUUUUGCGGUUUGAGAUGAGAAUGUGUUUCCUUUGGUGACAAUGGGUUUUGACGCAAAGACCCAAGUAGUUUUAAAACAAUUCUAGUCUGUGAGUGCCUAUAGGUGUGGAGGAGGGACACUUGCUCCCCUGAGUCUUGGAUCCACUGUCACAAAGACAUCUGUACCCUACAUUGAGCUCUAUAGUGUCAGAGAUGGAUUUCAGUUUUGUACUUAUCAUAGUCUUGUCCCCUUCUCUGCCAUGCACGUUCUCUCAUUCCCAUAAGCAACAGUUGUGCCCCAUGUACAGCAGCUGACAUGUUUAAUUUAGUUACACAGAAGCAUCGUCCGACAUGGAAUGAUGCAGGUGGAGAAAUAGCGUAACACAAGAACCAGUUUGAUUUGCUUUUCCUUUUUGUUUUUUUUGUUUUCUCCUUUCAAACUGUAAAUUUGUGUGAGACGUGGAUGAAAAUAUGUAUGGCUAUUAGUACUCACCCCAUCUGAAAAACUACUAAUGAAGAAUACAUAUACCAGGGAUAGAUGGCACUGUAGGUUGGCACUCUUUAUAAUGUGCUUCCUUAGGGUCGUCAAACACGUAAGGAAACAGGGGGUCUUUGUGUGACAUCAUAUCUUCGUGUUCAUUAAAUGGCCACAAUUUACACAAGUUUUUUUUUUUUUUUUUACAUACAAGCCUUUUUUAUUGUUUUGUUUUUUCCUUCGGUAAAAAAGAGCUUUAAGUGCUUUUGUUUACACCUGCUACCACCCAAAAUAUGUUGUUUCUUCCUGUAGUAAAUGCAUAACCAAUAAAUAUAUUGCAUAAAAUACCUUUCUAUUUAGACAUUACCAACCCUUUAAGCCAGGGUUCAGAAUUUGCACUUAUCCCCUCCUAAAUGGAAAGUGAAAAUUGAACAAAGGAGAAUGAGUAGUUGAGUAGAACACAGCUGCAUACUGCUUGCAGCCAUAAGGUGUUGUGAAGCCAGUCAAGGGUUCUGAUACUUUAGGGAUCAGUCUUUCCUUGCUACAUUAAAAAGAGCACGGCCUUGAGGAGCUGUAAAUUGGCUGAUUCUAAACACUGCUCCUGACUGCUCAGUUUGUAGUAAUGUGUAAAUUCCCUACAAAGCGAGCCACAAAGUUUUUAAAACGAGCCAAAUAACAGCUUCCCGAGUCUCGAUCCUGCCACUGGCCAUCAGAGAUGAACGCUUUCUGUUCCAGUUAGCAUGCAGGAUGGGGGCCCUCAUAGGAUAUUAAAAGUAAUGGCUAGAAUAAAAGUGAUAUAUUGGGAAAGAUAAGGGGCAGAUAUUGGUAGAAUGGAGGAGGCAUAAAAGACAAAAUUGGCAUAAAUUGGUCGAUAGUGGUACAUAGUGGGAGAGCAAGGGGUACUGAGGAGAGGUAACAUGAAGAUGGGGUACAUGGAAACUCCACAAAUAAAAAAACAAACAAAAAAAACCCUCUAUUUCGCUCUUGCACUCUCUCUACACAAACACAUCCCUGCAUUCACACACACACUACGUGCAAUGAACACAUGUAUUAAAACCAAAAUGCAUAUUCAUUUUAAGGUGACUAGUACAUUUUAGGCUUCGCUACUAGAUCAGGACUUGAAAUUGUGAGCCCUGGUUUCAGCUAUGCAAGGAAACACAGUAGAGAUCAAUGCUGACCAGGUCUUUUCUGACAUAAUUUGUAUUCCCUCCACAAUUACAUCAACAAGUUUAUCUGGAUUCCCAUGUGUUCAGCUGAUUAAAUGAUGACCUCAUAUUUCUGUGUAGUAUUUAUCCUAUGGUUCCCAGUUCUUUGUUGUGCUGCGCCAACAUGUUUUUUCCCACUCUAUCUUUUAACAUUUAGCAGGUAUGGUACACAGUGCAUGGUUUUCAAAUGUAAUUAUGUUGCGGUUUUUAUAUUAAUGAGUGACUACAUCUAAGCUAAGCCAAUGACUAAACAUUUCCCCCUUGUCAUAAAAUGUAUCCAGGCAUGUCUGCAUUAAUGCAUUCUUUUUUAACAUUGUUUAAGAAAAAAUUUUUUUUUUUUUUUUACACGGAGUUAUAUUAUCCUUGAACCACUGUUAAAAUGUUUAACAAACCUCACCUUGCCAAAAAAUAUCACGCAAGAGAGGGUUAAACUCUUUUUAAGGUACUUGUCAGAAACUGCCUAUGUGUGGAUCAUUUUGACUGUUGCCUUUGUUUUUCCACUUUUUUUUUUUUAAAUCAAAAACUUUUUUCCUUGUGAAUGUUGAUCUGAACUGAAAUGUUAUGUUAGAAAAUCUCAUCUGUUAAAGGUUAUAUAAAUCAAGAACAUUUAUAUAUCCUUUUUACAAACCUGCCCUAAUUAUGGCAUCAUUUUAUUUCUCUUCUCAUUAAACUUGAUCCUCACAAUUACCUGCUAAAGUGUUCACACUAUUUAAUGUAUAUUUUAUAAUAUUUUUGUGUGUUUUAUGGCAUAGUUAUCCUUUUUUUUUUUUAAGCGUGUGGGCACCUGAAGGUUAUAAAGAAUAUCUUUCCAUUAUUUCAGUAUUGAUUAGGGUAAUGGGAUAAAAUUGAUUUAAAAAGGAAAAAAUAGGGAUGUGACAAGGCUUCAUCUAAAUUACACCCUGUAGAAAUUUUGUAUUAAAAUUAUAUAUAUUUUUUUUAAUAAGCACAAUGUUGUAUCAGUACUCAUAAUAUUUUUAAAUACACAAUUCCGUAUUACAAUGAACUAUAAAUGCUGAAAAAUGUCACACACAUAAGAUUGCUUUUUAUUUCCACUUAUUUUCAAUAUGAACAUUCUCUGGAUUGCUUUUAAUUUUUUUUAAAAUAACCAAAUAGAUGUUUUGUUCAAGACAUCAUGUUUCAGUUGAUUAUUUGGUGUGAAUACUGUUCUGUCUUGAAUAAAGCAGUUAUUUGGGAAUGCUGUCUUUAUUUGUGGAUAAGUAUUUGGUAGGAGACAUGCACUGUGGUAAGUGGGAAAUGCCAUAAUAUUAAAUGGAUUUACGUCGUUAAGGCAGCUUUUAAAAUGAAUAAAAAGUGUGGAAUGGCUACAGUUUCUUUUAGUUAUACAUUUGUGGAGUUGCCAUCAAUAUGUAUGAAAGAGACAGUUCUGUAAUUGUUUUGACCAAGUCUUGCCAAUUACCAAUAGCAUGGUUAUCCUGUCCCCCUACAAAUUGGUUGGUGCUACAUUGCAUUUUGUGAAAGUUUACACUAAGCUCGGGGGCCCAUGUCGAUUCUUAAUGCUCAAAUUCCAAUCUUUCAAUUAUGUAAACUAAUAUUUUUAAGGGACCUGUUAAUGCGAG